AUGAGUGAAGCGUACGACGAACUGAAGAAGUCGAUAAUGCCUGAACAGAACUUUGAGGACUUAGAUGUCACCUCCUUUUCUCACCGAAUUUGUAGCAAAAGCUUACGUGCAAGCAAAAAACGCAAGGCUGACAAGGAGCCUGGUUGCAGGGCUUGCACGUAUCGUACCGUCAACUGUGGUGGUGGGCUAAAUGAAAUUGUAGCCAUCUCUGGCGACCCAAAGCAGAAGCUGCAAGAGUAUGCCACGUGGGAUAUGAUGGAGCUGCGGAGUGAUAGAUGGAGAAACGGCAUGGAGCGGGCGCAUGAAUAUGCCAUGGAGCAGCUUUUAGACUUAUACUCUGUGCAGAAGCAUCCAGAGUUCGUUAAAAACACAAUGGUUGCACAAGGUGUCUAUCUAGGCAGCGCUCUACGCUUCAUUAGCAACAUUUCCAGAUUUAUUGCUGCACAGGAGGAAGAGCGAGGAGGGGAGGAGCCAGACAAUGAGCAUUAAAGCAAGAUAGACUUGGUAUAUUUAGUUUUUCUUUUCUAUUUUUACCAAUUUACUGCCGCCACCGAAAGAGAUGAUCAAAAAAAGCAUUGCACUGUGCCAACGAGCUAAGAACAGGGCCGUUGAGGGCGGGACUACGGCAACAGACCUGCACCGUGAAUGACCGCUACGCUAGCAUACGGGUAAGAACCCAAA